UUAUCCUCUUUUAAAUUUCAUACAACUAUAAGCAUAACGUCUUGUCACUGAAUUAUAUAUCGUUUUGGAGAUUAAUACAACUGAAGCUGUUAUUUUAUUAUUAUCUUACGAUAUAAAUAACAUAUAAUUACUAUUGAUAUUAUUAUUUUUAUUAUUACUAUAGAAUUGAGAAAAGAACGUUGUGUUAAUAUUAUAAAAAACAUUAUUUACCAAAAUAUACUUAUUUCUAAAUAUGUAGAUAUAUAUAUUAGAAAUAAGAAUAUUAUUAUAUAUAUAUAUAUAUACGUAUAUUAUUUUUUAUUAAAAAUCCAUCUUUUUAUUUUGUCAAUUUUCUAAGUAACGUGUAAAUAAUGUUUUUACUUUGAAAAAUAAAUGAGCAUUCACCAACGAACCGUUUUAUUUACUCUCUUUACUAUCGUUAACUGUCUCUUCAAUUAUUAAACGCAAUAAGAUAUGAGAUUAAAGAUAGCAAUGAAAGUAAGAUAUGAAAUAAAUACAAUUUAUUUUCCAUUCAGAGAAGCUUAUAAUACCAUGUGAGGUAUAUUAUUUUUACGAACGAUUAAUUAAAAAUAGUGAUUAAUAUCAUGUUUCUAAAAUUUAAUAAAAGAUUAUAACAUUUACCCGAUCAUAAAUAUUCAAAAAUCGUAUUUAGCAAAUUCGACGAAUUUUACAAAAGAAGAACUGCGUUAUCCGAUUAAUCGACAGACUGUCAUAAUUUAUCACAAUUCCCAAUCAUCAUUUAUCUUUCUUUACGUAACGAGAAACCACAUAAUAGAAAACUCUAAAAAUAAAAAAAUUUUUGGAAAAUAAACUCGGAAUUUCUUAUGAUAACAAUAUGAAAGUAUGAAAAAUUUGUAAAAGCAAUGGAGGAAACGAUUAAUACGUACACUAGAUUGUACGUUCUCGAAUGUUAAAACAGAAGAUUACAUAAGUUACGUAAUCUGAUAAUACAUGUUAUAUUAAUGAAAGCUAGUGAGAAGAAACAUCAGUCGUAUAUAAUCUCUGGAGAGUGUAACAUCGUGAAUUUGGUUUCUUGCAAUAAUUUUUUUACUCGCGCUUACGAUGGAGACGUGGGCGAUAAUCUUAGCCUUUGUGGCAGUGGUGCUCAGCAUUUAUUACUACGUCUUCAAAGACAUGAGCUACUUCAAAAAAAUUGGUAUACCAUAUUUGGAACCAUGGCCGAUAUUUGGUAACAUGGGUCCAACAAUUUUCCGUCAAAAAUCAAUGGUCGAUAUGACUGUAGAGAUUUACAAUUUGCAUCCGGAAGCCAAAUACGUUGGUUUCUUCGAUAUGGGUAAUCCGGUUUUCUUUAUUCGUGAUCCAGAAUUAAUCAAAAUGAUCGCGGUUAAGAGUUUCGAUAAUUUCCCGGAUCACAGAGGUUUCGUCGACGAGGUACAGGAUCCUCUCUUUGGAAAAAAUUUAUUUUCGCUAAAAGGCAACCGAUGGAGAAAAACCAGAACGAUGUUGAGUCCGGCGUUUACAUUGAGCAAGCUAAAGAGUAUGUUCAAGCUGAUGAACGAAUGCGGAGCAGAUUUUACGGAUUAUCUAUCCAAAAUGUCGAAGGAUAAGAAAACUAUAGAUAUGAGGGACGCUUUCACGAGAUAUACGAACGACGUAAUAGCCACUUGUGCGUUUGGUAUCAAUAUGAAUUCGAUGAAAGAUCCGGAAAACGAAUUCUACGUUCUCGGAAGAGACGCAACUAAUUUCGACGGUAUUAAAUCUUUAAAAUUCUUCCUUAUACGAAGUUUUCCAACAAUUUCGAAAUUCUUCAAUGUCAAGCUGAUAUCCGGUAAGAUCGGUAAUUUCUUCAGGAACGUUGUCGAGGAGGUAAUCGACAUUAGAGAUCGAAAGAAGAUCGUACGAUCCGACAUGAUACAAUUGAUGAUGGAAGCUAGAGACAAGAGAGCCGAAAUGGGACAAGAAUUACCUAUGAUGGACAUAGUAGCUCAAGCUUUUAUUUUUUUCUUAGCUGGCUUCGACACCGUCUCUACGGCCAUGUGCUUCACGUGUCACGAAAUUGGCGUUAAUUCGGAAAUGCAAAAAAGAUUGCAGCAAGAGAUCGACGAUGUUAUCGAAAAGACCAAUGGAAAUCCAACUUACGAAGUUAUCAAUAACAUGGAAUAUUUAGACGCAGUGAUAAGCGAAUCCUUACGAAGAUAUCCGAUCGCUCUCUUUCUUGAUAGAGUGUGCAUCGAGGACUUCGAACUGCCACCAAAUUUACCUGGAAAGAAGCCUUUGUUAAUUAAAAAAGGCACGAAUGUUUGGUUCCCAGUUAGUGCACUCCACUUAGACCCCAAAUAUUUCGAGGAUCCGUACAAAUUCGAUCCAGAAAGAUUUAUAAAAAAUGGAAAGGAGAUCAACAAUUCCGGUGUCUAUUUGCCUUUCGGAUUAGGACCUAGAAUGUGCAUUGGUAAUAGAUUCGCUUUGCUGGAGAUAAAAGUUUUGAUAUUUAAUUUAUUGGCAAGAUGUAAUCUGAAGCCAUCCAAAAAAACACAAAAUCCAAUUCGAUUUUCCAAGAGAGGAAUCAACUUAUCGGCUGAAAAAGGUUUUUGGAUGGAUUUAGAAGAAAGAAGCGAUGUUCAUCCUGCUCUUAAAAAUUUUGUUUCUGAUAGCAGUUCUGACGGUACUGUUAAAAAUAAUGUAACCACUAAUGGAGUUACUAAUGGUCAUGCGGUCAAAACUUAAGAUAUGAGAAAUAAGUAGUUGAAAUAAUUUUAUUGCAAUAAAUUCAUUUAGUUUUUGUUUGUGUGUGUGUGUGUGUGUGUGUGUGUAGCAAGAUUGAAAUGUUAGGGUCGCCAAAUUUGGAUGAUAUAUUUGCGUGUUGUAGUUCGCACUAUUAGGGAUUAUUGGGUUUUGAAUUACACUUAACUAAAUGCAUAUCGUAUUGUAAUUGGAUUAUAUAUCAUUUUAGGGAAUAAUACAAAUGUAUCGGUUAUCUUCUUACGAUGUAAAUAAUAUAUUAUUAUAUUUAUUAUUAUUA